AUGGCUCACUCCCAAAGGGAGAUGACGAAUGGGGGCAGGCACCCCCACGUCCACAACGGGGGGUCCCACAGCUAUAUGCCGAGGAGGCAACAACAAGGACACAGACGGAGGUCCUCCUCUCCUGGAAUCAUCCUCAUCAGCGCGCCUAUACAGGACGGAGAUGACACAGCUGAAAUCCGCACGGUGACAGUAGACAGGACGGUGGAUGGACGUUUGGGUUUCAGUGUGCGAGGCGGAUCAGAACAUGGACUGGGGAUUUUUGUCAGCAAGGUGGAUGAGCACAGCUCAGCAGCUCGGGCCGGCCUGGCUGUGGGGGACCAGCUCGUGGAGGUGAACGGCGUGAGGCUGGAGAACAUCACCAUGAGCAGUGCUAUCAAGGUUCUGACGGGAAAUGUCCGUCUGAGGAUGGCAGUGAGGUCUGUGGGCAAAAUCCCGGGCAUACGCUACUCCGAGGAGAAGACUAUGUGGGUGGACCUGAUUCACCGGCGAAUGGUGGUGCAGGACAGUGGACAUGCGCCUUUGGAAGCCGGCCCAGACAGCGCCCUCCGCAGGACUGUUCAUCUCUUCACCACGUCCGAUGACUGCUACCUGGGCUUCAACAUCCGAGGAGGGCGAGAGUUUGGACUGGGAAUUUACGUGUCCAAGAUGGACCCAGGUGGCUUGGCGGAGCGGCAAGGCAUCAAAAUGGGAGAUCAGAUCCUGUCGGCCAACGGGGUCAGCUUCGAUGACAUCACACAUGGCGGCGCCGUGGAGGUCCUCAAGAGCAAUGCACAUGUCGUGUUAACCAUCAGGGAAGCUGGAAGAUAUCCUGCAUACAAGGAGAUGGUGGCCGAGUAUGGCUGGCUGGACAAAUGUUCCAACCAGUCGCCAUCAAGUUUCUCCAGAGGCUAUGACUCGCAAUCGUCCGUCUCGUCAUUGUCGUCUGGCACCCCUGUCGGCUCUUUCAGUGGUGUUUUCUCCAAGGGGGAGGCCCCAUGUGCCACCACCGUCCAGAUGGAGCUGCCCUCCAGCGCCACAAGCACGGUGGGCGCCACGCUGCUGCUCAAGGAUACGCUCAUACACGGGACAGCCGAAGAAGGUCAAAGGACCCCCAAGACCGACUUCUUCAUGGCCUUCAGUAACCCAAGCAAUGCCAUCGCGCGGUCACAGAGUCACAUAACUGUGUCAGAGGCGCAGACGAAGCAGCAGAAGAAGAAACUGCAGCAGAAGAAGAAAAACACAAACCAUGAAAGUCACAGCCCAGAAGAGAAACCCAAAUUGCGGCGCUCCAAAACCUUCGCAACUCCGUUUCGCAGGAAAGACAAUGAGAGAAGCGACUCCAAAGGUAGAGGUGAAGUUGCGCAGAUGAACUCCCCCAGGGAGGAGCAGUCGUCCCUGCAAGAUGUGACCGCGUGUAAUGAGCUGCUAGCACCCGAGCCGGAGGUUGUUGUCAGCAGAAACUGCAAACGGUUUUUGUGCGAAAAGAUUCUGGAAGAUCUUCUGCGUCCCCUCUUGGCCAUCUUGGAUAGGCCAGAGAAGAUUCUACUUCUCAGAGAAAUAAGGACACUGAUUCCUCCAAAUGAGUUGGCUCAUUUUGACACCCUGGUGAAGCCUUUGCAAAUGGAAGCCUAUGAUCUUCUCAAGAACUCACAUGGCUGCACCAUCGCCAAACCCGGCACCGAGGCCCCCCACCCGAGCGUGCCCAAUCACAUCCAGCCGUGCACGAGCCCCAUCAAACAUCCCAGCAAAGGGGCCAUCGCCACCCACAGGGAUCUAGGUUCGUCCCCCAGGCCACCUGCGCCCCCAUCAACCGGCCUUCAGGGAUGGGAUGCGGGAACGCACCACCAACCUCACGCCCACAGCCGUCCGCCCACCUUGCCCACGAGUCACAGCCGCAGCCCCCCCAACCGGCACGAGGAUGGAACCGAGUGGGAGAAUUUAAAUAAUGAAAAGGAGCGGCCCCAGGAUGGAACCCUGGGGCACGCCAGCAGAGACAGGGAGUUACUUGGAUUUGUGCGGGACGAAUUUGACAAGUUUUGUGCGGUCAGACAGGUAGAAAUGCCUUCUCCAGCUGGCGGACGCUCCCCUCGCUGUGGAAACUCUCGAUGCCACCUUGUCACGGGACACACUGUAUCUCCGUCGCUGGUCUCCCGCCCCUUGCUGGACGUCCCCGUUGACACGUUCACCUCCUCCUCCUCUUCCUCUUCUACUUGCUCCAGCAUCCUCAGCGGAAGUCAAAGAGGUCGCUCUCCAACAAGGAGGAUGGCGAAUCCUCGUCGCCAACGCCUGCAGGACGAAGUCAACUUACGCCUACCGUCACCACGUCGGACCCCUUUGGGGGAUGUUUUUGAGACCCCCCCAAAUGUCACGCUUAAUGGACAGUUGUACACGCCUCACUUCCACAUCACCACUUUGAACAUCUCCAAAGCUAAACCGUCGCUGGGUAUGAGCAUCUCAGGCGGAAUUGAGUCAAGAGUUCAGCCCAUCAUCAAGAUUGAUAAAGUCUUUCCUGGGGGAGCGGCGUCAAUGAAUCCUGCCCUCAAGGCCGGCUACGAACUUCUACGUGUGGACGACGAGAGUUUGGAGGGCGUCACCCACCGGCAUGCUGUCGCCGCCAUUCGCCGCGCGUUCAGCAACAAGGCCAAAGACCCCAUGGUGCUGAGGGUCAAGAUACCCGCUGACAUCAAAGUGUUUGUGGGGAGUACUGGACCAGGGACAGCCUACAGAGAACCGGAUCCUGAGGAUUUGGACCUGGGCGCCUCCCCGAUUCGCUCAACCUUUGCAAGGCUCUUUGCGACCAAGAACAGCUUCUCGACACUAAACACAUUCCAGGACACGAAGAUGGUGGCGAUGUUGAAGUUUCCGUACAGAUAA